GAUAUUCACAUAGUUCGUACUACGAAGUAGUAUUGGUGCUGUCGCAAGACAAACGACCGAUAUUUCUUAAAAAGCCGUGCACGUGACAACAAUCUACCGAGGAACCGGGCGGAAUUUUUGGCGUGUGGGGAAAGAAAGCUUAAGCCGAACCUGGUCGGGUCCUUCAUCAAUGUUUUGAAAUUCCUCCACCACAUCGACGAACUCUUCAGUACCUCUACCACCAACAUGUCCGCCUUAAGAAUUUUGGUACCCGUGAAAAGGGUUAUUGACUAUGCCGUUCGUAACACCUUCAAUUUCAAAACCAACUUCAAUCCCUUGAUCCUUCUAUGCGCAGGAAAAGAGUACAAACUAAUCCGAACACCACAGGUCAAACCCCGCGUCAACAAAGCCCAGACGGCCGUUGAGACCAAUGGUGUCAAACACAGCAUGAACCCAUUCGACGAGCUCUCAAUUGAAGAAUCGGUACGAAUCCGCGAGAAGAAAACUGCACCAGGUGGCGUGGAAGAAAUCGUUGCAUUUUCCGCCGGACCAACAAAAUCGCAAGAUAUUUUGCGCACAGCCAUGGCUAUGGGCGCCGACCGCAGUUUACUAGUUGAGAUAAAGGACGGAGAAGAACUGGAACCACUCGGAGUGGCGAAGCUUUUACAAAAGGUUGUGGAGAAGGAGAAGAGCAAUUUGGUGUUUUUGGGGAAACAGAGUAUUGAUGACGAUGCGGGGCAGACGGGACAGAUGUUAGCGGGGUUGUUAGGAUGGAGUCAGGCGACACAGGCGAGUAAGGUGGAGUUUAAGGAUGGAGAUAUAGUGGAGGUCACGAAGGAGGUGGAUGGGGGGACGGAUGUUGUGAGGGCCAAAUUGCCCAUGGUUAUUACGACUGAUUUGAGAUUGAAUGAACCGAGAUAUGCGAGCUUGCAGAGUAUCAUGAAAGCAAAGAAGAAGAAGUUAGAGAAAUCUACUUUAGGUGAUUGGGGCGUGGAUGGUACUAGAAGGUUAAAGACUUUGAAGGUUAUUGGUAGGUUGACGUCUCCUAUACUGGGAAUUUUGGCCCAUUCAUGGAGGAUAUACCGAAUAAUUACUGACCAAAUGAACAUAGAACCACCGCCAAGACAAGGAGGCGGUAAAGUCGACGAUGUAGAUGGAAUGAUCUCCAAACUGAAGGAAUUGGGCGCAAUAUAAAUGGAUACCAAACGGCCAUAAACGAAGGUUGUAUAUAUGUACGAAUUAGAGGAUAAGACAAGGAACAACAUUAAGUUUUGGACGCGAGUGAAAAAUGCGGAUGAUUCAUCAUGCCUACAUCGCUUUCCAAUAGAUAUAUGGUGAGAAAUAGAUCCGUGGUCUAAAUCUGGUUGAUUCUUGAGAGAGCUCCGCAUUAGCAAUACACUUUAAUCUGGUCUCCUCAAA